ACUUCCUUUGUGUCCUCUGUUGGUCCCUACUUUCUGUUUGAUGGUGAGUUAUUGUUGGUCUAUUGUUGGGUGGCAUCUGAAACGGUGUCAAAAUGUCAAGAGCAAUGAAAAGCAGAACAAAUCUUUUUGAACCUGCAAAAAUUGUGUUCUUCCAUGUAUGGAUCAAAUGCUUGUUAUUUUACAGCUAUGUUCUUUGUUUAAGGCCAGCAGGUUGCAUAAUAAGAUCUCAAUAAAGGUCAGACUAAGUUGCCCAAAGGUCAAGCGUGCAUUUUAGAUUCACCCCAAAGGCUCAAUAUCCCAAACCUCUUUGGAAAACCAUCUGAGAAUUAUAAAUAAAUCCAGAGAGGCCCAUAACUAAUAUUUGGAGACAAAAUUAUUUUGCUGUAAAAGGAAAAACAUCUAGAUGUGAAGUUUUAAAUUGCACAAACUCUAACAAUUCUUGGACAUUUUUCAAUGUCCCUUUUGUCUAUGUUAAGUAGUAUGCUCUAUGCCCCGCCCCUUCCUCUUCAUCCUCCUCCUUCAUCUUCUUCAUCCUCCUCUUCCUCCAGGUAUAUGCGACAUCCCAGCCAGGCUUCUGUGCACACACGGCAAGAGUCACAGCAGACUUCCAGCAUUUCCCUAGAAAUCCCCGCCGAGGCCCACUGCAGACAUGGGGCGCCAGGAGGCCGACGACGUGUGGAAAAAAGACACGCAGGACAUCCAGGAGAUUUUUGACUUCAUGGAGGAGUUGGGAUCAGGCGCCUUUUCCGAGGUUUACAUGGUGAGGGAGAAGAAGACGGGAAGGACGUUCGCAAUGAAAUGCAUCAAGAAGAAGCACACCAGGGACCUCAACCUGGAGAACGAGAUUAACGUGCUCAGGAGAAUCAAACAUGAGAACGUGGUGGGGCUGGAGGAUUUCUAUGAAAGUCAGACGCAUUUCUACCUGGUCAUGCAACUCGUUUCCGGCGGCGAGCUCUUUGACCGUAUCCUGGAUCGAGGUGUGUACUCUGAGAGGGACGCCAGUCAUGUGAUCCAACAAGUGUUGCAGGCUGUCAGCUACCUGCAUCAGAGCGGCGUUGUCCAUCGGGACCUCAAGCCAGAGAACAUUCUGUACUACAGCCCAGAGGAGAACUCCAAGAUCAUGAUCAGUGAUUUUGGCUUGUCCAAGAUGGUGGACAAGGGUGUUAUGUCCACUGCCUGUGGCACCCCAGGAUAUGUUGCUCCUGAGGUGUUGGCACAGAAGCCUUAUAGCAAGGCAGUGGACUGCUGGUCUAUUGGAGUGAUCACCUAUAUCUUACUCUGUGGCUAUCCUCCUUUCUACGAAGAGAGCGAGACUCGCCUUUUCUCCAAGAUCAUCAAGGCGCAGUACGAGUUUGACUCUCCCUUCUGGGACGACAUUUCCGAAUCGGCCAAAGACUUUAUCCGAAACAUGAUGGAGAAGAACCCCCUCAAGCGCUACAACACUGACCAAGCACUCCGACACCCCUGGAUAAUCGGAAAGACGGCCCGCAGCCAGGACAUCUACUAUUCCGUCAGUGUCCAGAUCCAAAAGAACUUUGCCAAGUCCAAAUGGAAGCAAGCCAUCAAUGCCACUGUGGCCAUCAACCACAUGAAGAAGCUGCAGCUUGCGCACGCCGCAGCCGGGCAGGUCCCCAAGAUUGCUCGUAUCCCGGACAUCCAUGUGGUCAAGGCAUCCUCCCCUGUCUUGCAACACAAAGGCCUAAAUGUACACGAUGACCAGGAGGCCGAAGGGAAAAUGGCGUCUGCGAGCCACAUGAGUCUGCCCGACAGCCAUGUGGACCUCAGGUGCCACUUCCACCCGCUGAAGGCCAACCACAGCAUGGAGCACCCGCCCACCAUCGCCGAGACGGAGAAGUACAUCUUCCACUCGGAACCCGCCAACCUCAACGGAUAUGGCAAAAGCAGAAUUGGAAAGACCUUUCAGACCAGCGUUUGCUCCAUCAUGUGAAGCUUGAGUCAAGUUUACUUGGAGAAAAACUACUCUUUCCUUGGUUUGUGUAGCUGUUACACACAGAGCAGCUCAGCAGAAUGCGGCUGUUUUGUCUACAGCGCCACCCGGUGCUGAGAACGGGAAGUGGUUAACCCUGCCUGACAUGAGCCAUCUGUCUGCAAACUCUCCACUGCAGCCAAUGGGACACAUUUGUCACAUUGGUGUUGUCAUUUAGUUACGAAAGUGCCUAGGAGGCUUUCGACAUACAUUUGCAACGAAAAACAAUGAUCGACAAUUUCUGAUUUUCAGAUUUUCUGAAAUGUUGAGCACCAAAAUGCUAUAUAUAAUUUCAAUUUUGUAAAAGUAUCAUUAUUUGCAGCCCUAGGGAUUUCCCAUACUCAAAGAUUCAUUAUAUUUUACAAACCUGGAACUCAGGAGACAUUUCUAGCCCAAAAAAUUAGAAGCCAUGCUGGAAAAAUACAUAGUAUGUCUUACAUUUGAGUAUCAUUUUGGUGAUUUCCUUUCAAAGUUUUGCAAUUGGGAUUAAUUUCAAUUGGAGCCAAAUUUAAGGGAUUGUAAAGAGUGGGCAAUUCCCUGGAAUGCGGUCUCUGAAAUUAUACACCAUACAGGAAACAUUCCAUAUGUAUUAUGGGAAUUGAGUAUAAUUUCAUAAAAGUAUAUUCAAGCAUAAAUAAAAACAUUGUGUUGUCAGCAGACAUCCAUGCUAUAUAUCUAGCUCUCAUUGUUCAUAUGUCAGGGCAUUGCACGACCUAAUUAGUCCAUUUGGGGUUUUUUCCCCCCUUCCAUUUCAUUCAAUGUUUCAUUUUUUUAUUUUUGUGAACUGUGAAUCAGUUUUAGUUUUCUGCAUUGACUCCCCUAUAAACUACGCUUGUUGGACAAGAAGACAAAUUAAUGUAUUUUUUUUUUAUGUUUAUUUGAUUGUGUUAAACACAUUUGGGCGAGCUUGUGUUUGAAAAUGUGAUGGAUGAAUAAAGCUUGAAAUGUGUUUUAUAAAUAAAUAAAGCUGUAUUGC